GAUUCAUUUAUUCGUUUAGAAAAAUUGAUAUAAUAUUUUGUAGAAAAUAUUGAAGGUUUCAAUUAUGGAAAUUUUAUAAUAAUGAAGUUAUACAAAUGUAUUUAUUAGUAAUUGCGUUAAUUGUAUUACUUCAACGACAAAAACAACAACGCCAAUGAAAGAAUCCAUUUUCUUACUUUAUUGAAGGGAUAAUUACCGGAGGAUAAUAAUAUUUAGUAAUUGAAUGUUAUAAUUUACAAAAAUUGAAUGAAACAAUCAGGAUCUAUUUACUUUUCCUUUGUUGUUGUGAUAAUUUAUUUGAAAAUACACUUAACAAAUAUUCUCAUGGAAGAGUCAUUUCAAUUGUUGAUAGAAUGAUUGGAUAAUCGACUAAGUUAUAAUGACAUAAAUUACCAAAAUAGACAUUGUAACAGUUAGUGCUUCGUAUCAUCAGUCCUCGCUUUUUUCUCUCUCAGAAUGAUUCAAUUCCAUUCAUUAAAAAAAUAGAACAUACUGUAAACUGUAAUGUGACAAUGAUAUUGUGUAUAACUGUAUUAUUGAUGACAUGAUAAUUAUUGUCUUUAUUAGUCAAUAUUUACUGUGUAUAGAAACAAGUGAAAAUAUGUUUCAAUCUUUGAAGGUCGAUUUACCAAAUUAUAAAACACAAAUCAAUUUUCCCAACAAUAUGAAUCAGUCAAAUGAUUCACAAUUGAACUCUAAGCGGAUACACACAAUAUCUUCUAACACUACAAAUGAAUAUCAUCCUAGAGAAGAACACAAUAAUAAAUCGGUAGAAAGCCAUGGCGACUACCAUCAUUCAUCAUUAUCAUCAACAUCAAUAACAACACCAGUGAACGAAGUGAAAACAACAAUCAAUUUCAUAACAUUUAAAAUAUCCGAUUGUUACCUACAUAAUCCAUCUAUGCAUUUGUACGAGAAAUUCCGUCUACAGUUUACAUUUCGUACAUCUCAGGAACACGGUUUAAUAUUAUUCAACUCAGAUAAAUAUGGUGUUGAUUUUUUAGCAUUUGAAUUAAUCAAAGGUUAUUUACAUUUCGUCUUCGACAUGGGAAGCGGAUCUCAACGUUUUGCAUUGACUGCAUAUAGUGUUACAGAUUCUAACUGGCAUAAUGUGGAAUUGUUUAGAAAAGAUCUUGAAAAUAAUAUACUCCAAUUAUAUAUUGAUCGGAAUCAAAGUAUUGAACAAUCUUUGAAGAUACCCGUUUUCAAUGGUGACAUUGCAAGAAAUUUCAAUUUAAAUGAUCCACUAUAUAUCGGUGGUAUAUCUCAACUUGUAUUCUUGAAAUGGAGAGAGAAACUUAGUUCAUACCAUGGAUUUCAGGGUUGUCUAGGCAAUUUCUCUAUAAAUGGACUACCUCCAUUUGAUUUAUUAAAUAUGGCUAAGUUAAAAUAUGCGAAAAAUUGGACAUUACCUGUCUGCCGAGAUCAAAUCGUGGACAAUUGUCAUUAUCGACCGAAAGGUGUAUUGAACUGUAAUCAAAUUCAACGUAUUCAAAAUCAUUCAACUAUUACAAGAACAAAUAAAAAUGUUGAUGGAGACAAUGAUAAUAAUAAACUAUUUCAACCAUAUUGCUUAAAUGAUGGAAUUUGUUUACAUACAUGGUUAGGUGUUAAGUGUGCCUGUGAAUUGACUACAUUUGAUGGGCAUCGAUGUAUAAAAGCUGGAACAACAUUUGCAUAUGGUGUUAAGUAUGAUACAACUAUAAGUUAUAAUUUAUCAAAUAAUAUCAAUCAAACAAUUGCUAAUGAUAAUGAUCAUAUUGGUUAUUUACGUUUAAUUUAUACAGAUCGUGUAAGAAAUACAAGACAAGAUGAAUUUGUACUUGGUAUUCAAACAAUUUUAACAAAUUUAACUUAUAAUAAAAACCAACACAAAAAUAAUGAACAAAUUUCUCAUAAUUACAUAACCACUUUAUUAUUUGUUACUAGUUUAACACAAAUUGGUGAUUUUAUACAUUUAUUUUUAGAAUCAGGUGUAGUGCGGCUUAAUUAUAACAUGGGUGGAGGUGUGGUUCACAUCAGUGGACCUAAUUUCCCAAUCAAUGAUGGAUUUUAUCAUCGAAUCCGAGGCUAUCGUGUCGAUCGUCAGAUAAUUCUUGAAGUAGAUGACUCAAGACAUACAUAUGAACUAAACAGUAUAUAUGGGAAACAGUUCAAUAAUCAAAAAGUUAUUUGGCUUGGACAUGCACCACGAUUAAAUAAGACGGAUUUUUUUCGUGGUUACAUGACUGGUGUUUACUAUAAUGGAUUACUAUUGCAUGAUAUAGCUGCCGGUUUAUCCUACUUAAUGUAUAUACAUGUGACACGAUUUGGAAAUGUGAAGCAUACACCAAAAUUUCAACCGAAAUUACUCAAAUCUGACUACUAUAAAGAUUCAUUGUUAUUUCUUGAAGAUAACAACUAUACUUUAAGUUCAACAUAUUUUUUUAAUAGUGGAGUAAACUACGUGAAUCGUGAUGAACCAGUUAGUGAAGAGAUAACAAAACAAAUCUUAACCAAUUCAUUACCAUUUCACUUUUAUUCUAAUUCUUCCUCUUCAUUAUUAUCAUCAUCGGACUAUAAGUAUUUUAAUAACAAUAUUUCUAAUGAAUCUAUACAGUCAGAUAUAAUUCAUUCACAGACAAAUUAUUUACAAUAUAAUAAAUGGAAAGUGUUUAAAACAAUGAGUCGUUUACAUGAACAAGUUAAUAUUUGGCUGUUAAUUAGUUUAGCCGGUGCUGGCCUAAUAAUGUUAAUCUCAGUUACAUUUCUAGCUUAUAGAUGUCAUCGUAAUAAACAUGUAAAUUCACAUUGUUCUAAAUUAACUGAAACAAAGCAAAUGAGUCAUUUACAUCAAUUCUCUCCGACAUCAGUUACUUAUAGAACUGCUUCAGUAGGUUCUUUAUUAAGCAUGGAUGAUAUAAGAUAUACUAUGAUAUCUAAACGAUUAAAACAAAAUCAAGAACAAUUAUCAUCAGUUUCAGAUGAUCAAUCACAUUCACUAUGUGAUCGAACAUCAAUUAGUGGAUAUAAAAUCAAUUAUUCUAAUACUACAGUAACACCUUUUAUCUUAGUAACUGAUUCAAUAAAUUUACCCAGAAAAUCAUCAACAGGAAUAGAUCAAUACAAUUUAAUAAAAACAUCUUUACCUAAAAUAGGUUCAAUGCAUUUCAAUGUUAACGAGCUUCCAAUUAAAACAUUUGAACAAUAUAUACCAGAUAAAUAUUUAAAAGAUAAUGAAUAUAAAGUUGUUUUAAAUGUUUCUGAUAAUGAUUAUUUAAAUACACAUUAUAUACAUGGAUUUAUUGAUACAUUAAAUAGUGGACAAUUCAGUACAGGUUCUUCAAUAGAAACAUCGCAAAUGAUGUAGUAUUCAAAUGUCAAUAUACUAUAUAUUAAUGAAAUUCUGAAUCAAGUUUAUUAUGUUAUGAAGAAAUGACAAAUACCUACCAAUAUAUGAUCAACAAUCUAAAUAAAGAGGGUAUUAUUUUUAUGUAGAAAGAAAGAUUUCCGGUAUGUUAGCUCAUUUUUAUAUGAAAUAUAUAUAUAUCUAUCAAAAUGACUUUACAUCAUUUGCUCUGUAUGCAGCGAUAAACAUUGUAAAUAAAAUUAUACUUCAGGUA